UCAAGUUAACGGAAACAGCCAGUUAGGGACUUUUACUUUAAAUUAGCCGGAGACUUUUAAUGUGUCUGGUUUAUUCCCACAACUCCACCGUAUAUGCGUACGUGGUGACGUCAGACGUACAAAGCGUGUGCGCGCAGCUACUGAAGUGUUGAAUUGAGAUCAAGCAGCAAAGAUGUUCCGGCCCAAACCCACACUGAAGGACAGACAGCACCUCUACAAGCUGAUCAUCAGCCAGCUGCUGUAUGACGGCUACACCGCUAUCGCCAACAGCCUGAUCAGUGAGGUGAAGCCCCAGAGUGUGGUGUCUCCAUCAGAGCAGCUCAUGCAGCUGGCCAAGACAGGAAUGGAGAAUGAUGACAGUGCGGUACAGUAUGCCAUUGGCCGUUCGGACACCGUGGCGCCUGGUGUGGCCAUCGACCUGGAAUUUGAUGCAGAUGUGCAAACCAUGUCCCCAGAAGCAUCAGAGUAUGAGACCUGCUAUGUGACGUCUCAUAAGGGUCCGUGCCGUGUGGCCACCUACAGCCGCGAUGGGCAGCUCAUAGCCACGGGCUCCGCUGACGCCUCCAUUAAGAUCCUGGACACUGAGCGCAUGCUGGCCAAAAGCGCCAUGCCUCUUGAGGUGAUGAUGAACGAAACGGCCCAGCAGAACAUGGAGAACCACCCUGUAAUCAGAACCUUGUAUGAUCAUGUGGAUGAGGUCACAUGCCUUGCUUUUCACCCGACCGAACAGAUCUUAGCCUCUGGCUCUCGUGAUUACACCCUCAAACUCUUUGACUAUUCAAAGCCAUCUGCAAAAAGAGCCUUCAAGCACAUACAGGAAGCUGAAAUGUUGCGCUCCAUCUCCUUCCAUCCAUCCGGAGAUUUCUUGCUAGUCGGCACACAACACCCAACCUUGCGUCUUUAUGACGUUAACACUUUCCAGUGUUUUGUGUCCUGCAACCCUCUGGACCAGCACACAGACACCAUCUGCGGAGUCUGUUACAAUCCCAGCGCUAACAGCUACGUCACCUGUAGCAAAGACGGCAGCAUCAAGUUGUGGGACGGGGUGUCGAACCGGUGUGUGACCACCUUUGAGAAAGCCCACGACGGCGCUGAGGUCUGCUCGGCUGUUUUCUCCAAGAACUCCAAGUAUGUUCUGUCCUGCGGGAAGGAUUCUGUUGCUAAACUCUGGGAGAUUUCUACAGGCCGGACUUUGGUCAAGUACACAGGUGCAGGUCUCAGUGGGCGACAAACACACCGCACUCAGGGUGUUUUCAACCACACGGAGGACUAUGUGCUGCUGCCGGACGAGAGAACCAUCAGCUUGUGCUGCUGGGAUUCACGCACGGCCGAGAGGAAAAACCUGCUCUCAUUAGGCCACAAUAAUAUUGUGCGCUGUAUCGUACACUCACCCACCAACCCCGGCUUCAUGACCUGCAGCGACGACUUCAGAGCACGCUUCUGGUAUCGCCGCACUACCACUGACUAGGAGUGUGUGCUUCUUGUAUCAGCAACUCACAAACACAGAAAUUUCCACACUGUUUAUGAGUUCGCAGCCUUGUUUGCCAAGCAUGUGCAUCAUUUAACACACAAAACCAUUUUUCAAAGCAUCAGAGAACUUAUGACUGCAGUACCUUUGUAUUAUAUUUGGGUGGUGCUGUUUUACGAAUCAUCUGAGAUCCAUCGUUUUCAGAGUUUUAGAACUUUACUGAUGUUACCAUUUAAUAACAUCAAAACUGUCAGCUGUGAAGUUGCAUUGAUAUUAUACUCGCAGCUAGAGACAAGCUAGAAACUUUUUUUUUUUUUGUGUUAUUUGUGUAUCUGAUAACAAGUAGAUGAGUACUAUUCUGUCAUGGCAAGUGCCUAGAAUGUCAUCUUUUCCAUUUCGAUUUGUGUACUGUGCUCUUUGUUUUAUAUUAAAAGACUCUGGGAGAAUUG